AUGGAAACUCAAAAUCUUACGGUGCUCAAUGAGUUCAUUCUCAUGGGGAUCACAGACAAACCCGAGCUGCAGGCUCCAUUAUUUGGGCUGUUCCUCAUCAUCUAUUUGAUCUCAGUGGUGGGCAACCUGGGCAUGAUCAUCCUCACCAAGGUGGACUCCAGGCUCCAAACACCCAUGUACUUCUUCCUCAGACACCUGGCUUUUACGGAUCUUGGUUAUUCAACAACUGUGGGACCCAAAAUGUUAGUAAAUUUUGUUGUGGAUCAAAAUACAAUUUCCUAUUAUUUUUGUGCUGUACAACUAGCUUUCUUUCUUGUGUUCAUUGGUAGUGAGCUUUUUAUUCUAACAGCAAUGUCCUAUGACCGCUAUGUGGCCAUCUGUAACCCUCUGCUCUACCCUAUCAUCAUGUCUCAAAGGGUGUGUUAUGUGCUGGUGGCCGUCCCCUACCUCUACAACACAUUUGUUUCUCUCCUAGUCACCAUAAAUAUUUUUAGUUUAUCCUUCUGUGGCUACAAUGUCAUCAGUCAUUUUUACUGUGAUUGUGUCCCCUUGUUAUCUUUGCUCUGUUCAAAUACACAGGACACUGAAAUGAUAAUUCAGGUCUUCGCUGGUUUUGAUUUGAUUUCAUCCCUUCUGAUAGUUCUUGUGUCUUACCUGCUGAUCCUGGUAGCCAUCAUCAGGAUGAACUCAGCUGAGGGUAGGCACAAGGCGUUUUCCACCUGUGGGUCCCACCUGACAGUGGCCACAGUGUUCUAUGGGACUUUGAUAUUUAUGUAUGUGCAACCUGAGUCCAGUCAUUCUUCUGACACUGAUAAAGUGACAUCAAUAUUUUACACUCUCAUUAUCCCCAUGCUGAAUCCCUUGAUCUAUAGCUUGAGGAACAAGGAUGUAAAAUAUGCAAGACAAACAAUGUGGAAAAAACUCUGCAAUCUUUUUCUUAAAGUAUAUAUAUGA